AUGUCGCCCAGCGUGAAGAUAUACCAAGUUGGGCGACUGCACAGGUGGACAAAUGGCCCUUUGGCCCUCUACCUUUUGGCAUCGUUCAUCACUUUUUCCUGGGGUGUUCCUCAGCUUCCAAGUCCGCCACCAAGCCUUGACAAUAUUCAGGUGUAUGUUCUGUUCCUGUGUCAGACCACUUCUAAAAUUUGUUCGGUAAGCAGCAAACGUCAGGCUCACUUCCAGAGAAGAAACUGGACUCCUCAGGCCAUGCUGUAUUUGAAGGGUGCCCAAGGCCGUCGGUUUGUCUCAGAGGAGAGCCAGCAAAAGGCUUUGUAUGACCGGCUGAUGCAAGAUCCCAGCAGUCAAAAUGUGAAUCCUUUAACCCUUUCUGAAGACGUACUGUUGCUUCUUUCCUCCCUGCCGAAGAUGCAAAAUGAAGAAAAUGAAGAAAAAGCUCCAGAGAGAACCGGAUAUUUUGCUGAUGGUCUAUUAAAUUGGUGAACGAUUUUCAACCUUAAAUGAGAAUGUGGGGUGAAUUUAAAAGGAAAAUGUAUUCUGUACAAGACCAUUUUUUUUCCAUUCAUCAUCUCAACUUCCUUCUCUAAAAUACCUGAGUUGGUCGCUGAUCAAUAUCUUCUCGAUGUCAAUCAUUGUCAA